AUGAAUCACUGUUUAGGCUGGCGCGAAGCUGCUCGAAUUCCCUCGCAAGAGCCAUCUUUCCAGGCUGCCAACGAAGCUCGACUAAAGCCAGAUCUCAGUCCAAGCGAGCUCAAACCCACCCCCAAGCCUACCAUGGCCGCCACUGCGACUGCGACCAAGUCGCUCAUCAGCGAAUCCGCUGCAUGGAGCGGCCUCAAGAAGAUGCCUGUGACUCGCGCCGCUGCUUCGCGGAAACUUGCCGUUCGUUCUCCUGCCAGAUCAUCAGUUUCCGUUCGAGCUGCUGCAGCUGCUCCCACGCAUUUCCUCCAUAUUGACGACUUCGAUAAGGAUACUAUCCUCCACAUCCUCAACCGCGCCAAAGAAGUGAAAGCGAUCAUCAAGUCUGGCGAUCGCUCCUACCAGCCCCUUAAGGGUCACACCAUGUCGAUGAUAUUCACGAAGCCCUCCAUGCGCACGCGCGUGAGCUUCGAGUCGGGCUUCUUCCUGCUGGGCGGCCAUGCGCUCUACCUGGGCCCCGACACCAUCCAGCUGGGCAAGCGCGAGGAGACGCGGGACAUCAGCCGCGUCAUCAGCGGGUACAAUGAUAUCAUCAUGGCCCGGCUGUUUGCCCACCAGGACAUCAUCGACCUGGCCAAGUACUCAAGCAUCCCCGUGGUGAACGGGCUGACGGACUACAACCACCCGUGCCAGAUCAUGGCGGAUGCCCUCACCAUCAUCGAACACCUGGGGCAGAUCGAAGGCAUGAAGGUGGCCUAUGUGGGCGAUGGCAACAACAUAGUGCACAGCUGGCUGCGCCUGGCAGCAGUGAUCCCCAUGCACUUCGUGUGCGUCUGCCCCAAGGGCUUCGAGCCCGAUGCCGCCACCGUGGAGCGAGCGAGAGCAGCAGGGAUCAGCACUAUCGAGAUCACGAAUGACCCGGUGGAGGGGGUGAAGGGGAGUAACGUGGUGUACACAGACGUGUGGGCGAGCAUGGGGUAUAAGGAGGAGGCUGAGACGCGGAAAAAGACCUUUCAGGGCUUCCAGGUGGAUGAAGCGAUGAUGGCGCGCGCCGGCAAGGACUGUUUGUUUAUGCACUGCCUACCAGCGGAGAGGGGGGUGGAGGUGUCAGACGGGGUUAUGGAGGCUCCUUACUCCAUUGUUUUCCCUCAAGCUGAAAACCGCAUGCAUGCGCAAAAUGCCAUCAUGCUGCACUGCCUGGGGAAGUAG